AUGGCGAGUCUGAAAGGGUGGAGCGGGGGAUUGAACGGAGUGGAGAGGCGGGAAAAGGAGAGGAGGUGCGAUCACCGGAGCCGAGGCAGGAACCGAGAUAAGGUGGCGGCGUCCCCAAAACCAAAAGAUAAAACGGAAGAAAGAAUGACGCUAUGGGGCGAUGGUGGCCUUUUCGCCCGGAGUCUCGGGUUCGGAGAAGCUGAUCCUGUCCGGGUCUCUGACACGGAGCUACUUAGUACUCCAAUGACUUGUCCUUCUGUUUACUCCGAUUUGCUGAGGAGUUAUCAGAUCUCUCGUGUCAAGAAGAGCGGUUGCCGGAGGGUUUCCAACAACAACAACAACAACAACAACAACGUAUCUUGUGACUCAAACCUUCCGAGAAAACGUAGGGAUGAUUAUGUGUAG